GAUGCGUGGCCACUACGCAGCAGCUUUCUUUUGCUGGGGGGUAACCUGAUUCCCAAGGCAACUGUUGCCAUCGCAAAACACUCAGUGAACGCAGCGGCAUGCCAAGGUUUAAUCUCUAACUAGCAGCAGCACAGUAAUUUGCUAUAUUUACAUUGGGAUUUGUGUUGCCAUUUAAUGCUUUGAUUUACAAAGAAACUUUCAUUGCACAUGAAGAUUGGACUUCUCAGGUACCGAAUGCGAAACAGCGUGAACAAGAUGAAACUACCAUCCAUCUCUGUAGCUUCCACACCAGUGUGUAUUCCUCACAACACCCCUCCUGUCCGGCAGAGUCGCUGCCCGGUGGUCACUCCCAUGACAUUUCCCAUCAUCUCAGACUCUGCCCGGAUGUGGACAAGCAAUCAGAGCAUUCCUCGAUUGAACCCCUUGCAUCCACCUUUGGUCCCAAAACGCACCGUCAGUCUGGAGACACCAGCUGUUCACCACCACAACCACCAGAGGACACUGAUCAUGCAGAGAAGAGAGCACUACAGGUAUCAUCAAGUAUGGAGGAAACCUUUUUAUGGAACUGGCAGUGAGAGAGAAGAGUACAGGAAGGAGUUGCGAGAGCAGUUAAAGAGGCAAAUAGAGGAGAAAUGUGCAACACUGAAGCUGCAGCUGGCUGGCAAAGUGAAGGAAGCUGAGUAUCUCCGAGAAGUGGACCGCCUCGCCCUGUCCAGCGAAAGAGAGCAAAGGAUCCAGCACAGCAAAGCGAUGACCGCAUACAGAGAUGAGAACAAGAAGCUAAUGGAGCAGAGCUGGAGGGAUAGAGCACUAACACGUUCCCAGGAGGUCCUGAAGGAGAGAGAACUGCUGCGCCUCAACCCCAUUAACUGGAGUGGAACACUGAAAUAGGCUGAAGCUCUUCAAGAAGUCAAAAUGUAAAACUCAGGCCUCACUGUAGCACUUAUGCAUGAAAAAUGACAUCUGAGAUAUCCAGUACAUGCAACUAGUGAAUGAUCAGAUGACUUUUUCUAGGGGGUGUUAGACUAGGAAGAAGCAAAUUAAAGUCUUAGGCAUUUUACUGAACCCUAAAGUAUUUCUGCUCUGCUCGUACAAAGGUUCAUGUCAGAGUACAGUUAACCCGGGAAUCCUGUCUUUCACUUCUCUGCAUGCUGUGUAAUUCAUAAUGCAACAUAUUUUUUUCCACAAGCCAGAAUGUUUUCCCCAGUUGUAUCUUUGUUAAGAGCAGAAAAAAGCUCAACAAAAUUACAUCAAAAAUUCAAAUAAAACAUGAGGAGUGGCA